AUGAGAAAUUAUAUUGAAAGUCUCGAGGGAAAUAAAAACACGUGGAUGCCGCACAAAAAUAUAGUAAAAAGCGGAAUAAACAAAAGAACAGAUGAAACAUCUAACACAUCAUAUGAUACUAUAGGAUAUAAUAAUGAUUAUUUUUGGAAGUGGAUAAGUCUACUAAGAUAUGAGAUAAAAAAUGAACUAUGGAAUGAUCCUAGUUAUUUAAUAUUACACAAAUUUUUGAUAUAUGAAAAUAAGAGUAAUAUACAUGAUACAUCGAAAAAUGGAUUAAGGGAAAUUACAAGAAUGAAUAAAACAAGUAAAGGAAGUGAAAGUACUAACUACAAAAUUAAACAAACUACUAAAGAAGUUGGACGAACACAUAAUAUUAUAGAUAUUAAUUUGAUAAAGAAUAAAAAUUAUUAUAUCUGGA